GCUGUGGCCUUGCUCCGGGGGCUGCCGCGGAGCUGCCGCGGGGUUCCCGGAUAGGGGCGCGGGUUGCCCGAUGUGCGUGAGGAGGUGCCUGGUGGGCCUUACCUUUUGUACCUGCUACCUGGCGUCUUACCUCACGAACAAGUAUGUCCUGUCUGUCUUGAAAUUUACCUACCCUACAUUAUUCCAAGGGUGGCAGACGUUAAUUGGUGGACUUUUGCUUCAUGUGUCAUGGAAACUGGGCUGGGCUGAGAUCAACAGCAGUUCAAGAUCUGAUGUUUCGACGUGGCUUCCUGCUUCGGUGCUGUAUGUGGGCAUAAUCUAUGCCGGUUCCAGAGCAUUAUCCAAACUGGCCAUUCCUGUGUUUCUUACUUUGCAUAAUGUAGCUGAAGUUAUCAUCUGUGGGCACCAGAAGUGUUUUCGGAAAGAGAAAACUUCUCCUGCAAAGAUCUGUAGUGCCCUCUUCCUCCUGGCUGCUGCAGGAUGCCUCCCCUUCAAUGACUCCCAGUUUGAUCCAGAUGGAUAUUGCUGGGCUGUAAUUCACUUAUUCUGUGUAGGGGCUUAUAAGAUAUUGCAGAAGUCCUGGAAACCCAAUGCGUUAAGUGACAUUGACCAGCAGUACUUAAACUACAUGUUCAGUGUGGUGCUCCUGGCAGUUGCAUCUCAUCCGACAGGUGAUCUCUUCAGUGUCCCGGACUUUCCAUUCCUGUAUUUCUACAGGUUCCAUGGAAGCUGCUGUGCCAGUGGAAUUUUAGGAUUCCUUCUCAUGCUCAGCACAGUGAAGCUAAAAAGCCUUAUGGCCCCAGGGCAGUGUGCAGCCUGGAUUUUCUUUGCUAAGGUCCUCACAGCUGGCUUGUCCAUAUUGCUGUUUGAUAUGAUCCUGACGAGUGCAACAGUGGGAUGCCUCCUGCUUGGCGGACUCGGAGAGGCCUUGCUGGUUUUCUCGGAGCAGAAGGGCUCGUAAGGACAGGAAAAAUAGACUCACAGGCUGCUGGCUGGAAUGCACGGCCCCUGGGCCUCAGAGGUCCCGCUCAAAUGUGUUAGAAGGAAGAAAACAGGGACAACAAGGCCACCACUUCUCACUGCAUCAAGGAGAAGUCUCUGGGCUGUUGGAGAGAAUUGACUGUGUUGCGUCUUCCUGCUCCGAGAGGCUCACUCAAGCCUUGCUGACCGUGCUGGGCCCAGUGGGGCAGACCCAGACCCAGAACCCCCCAUGUGGGGAUGGGUCUGCUCACCUUGACUGAUGUGCAGGCCUCCUUAUUAAACACCCUUCACCAAACAUGA